UCUGUCCCUUCUUCUCUUCUCUUAAUGGAUUGGGCCAUCGAAGUAGGCUCGAGAUCGGUCCAGCCGAACUCUGACAUCACAACCGCGCACAGGAAGGAAGACAAGACACCAGAGGAGUGUAGAGAGAAGCGAAGAGGUCAACUCAACUCAGAGCGUUUCUUUCAGAUCAGUUUGAGUUCUUACAGAUACAGUUGGUAGAAUCGAUGUCUUCAAUGGCGGUAGAUGCAGAUGAAGAUGAACGAACACAUCUCCUUCAUAAUAAUUCAUCACCUCCGGUUCCGUACAGAGCGUCAGACAUUGAAAGCGUAGAGAUCGUCCCUUCACCAUCAUCGAACGAGCCAGAUGAACCAACACCUAAAUCUGUUGACCAGAAUCAACGGCUCGCCUCUCUCGACGUCUUCCGAGGCCUCACUGUCGCUUUGAUGAUUUUAGUAGAUGAUGCUGGCGGAGCUUUCCCAUCGAUAAACCACUCUCCGUGGUUUGGAGUGACACUCGCAGACUUUGUGAUGCCAUUUUUCCUAUUUGGCGUUGGUGUUUCCACCGGAUUGGUUUUCAAGAAAAUAACUAGUAAACCGAGCGUUACCAAGAAAGUCAUACUGAGAACAAUUAAGCUCUUCCUCUUGGGGGUGCUACUGCAAGGUGGGUAUUUUCACGGACGUAACCAUUUAACUUAUGGAGUUGAUGUUCGCAAGAUACGCUGGCUGGGUGUGCUACAGAGAAUUUCAAUCGGAUAUCUGUUUGCUUCAUUUAUGGACAUCUGGCUUGUUAACAACAUUGUGGUUGACUCAGCACUAGCAUUUGUGAAAAGAUACUACAUCCAGUGGAUGGUUGCUUUCUUGCUAGGAUCUCUUUACAUGUGCUUGCUCUAUGGCCUUUAUGUUCCGAACUGGAAAUAUGAAGUUCCAAGCACAAACUCAAGCUCAUCAACAUCAAGAUAUGGAUUUGAUUCUCAA